AUGGCUACUAGAAGGAUUGACCCUUUCGGGUUCCUCAAUUAUGAUUGCACCAGCUUGGUGCUUUCCAACCUUACCCUCUACGACCUUGCCUGUGCGCAGCGGGUAAGCAAAGAUUGGAAAGCAUUGAUCGAAGACUGGAGCUGUAAGCAAGGCUUCUUGCAGCAUUUCCCAGAUGUACCACCCACCGAGAACAGUGCUGCUCCUGGUCAACAACAAGGCACAGGAUCCGAAGCAACAAAAGAUGAGAGAGACGCGGAAGUUGCAAGGUUCAAGAGAUACAUGAUUGAGGGAACAUGCGACGAGCGAUGGGCGGCAGGCCACGCCUUAAGCGUGCAGGAAUACACUGUUCAUGGCUCUGUUCCGCAAGCAAUAGGGGAUUUCCUUGUGCUCCAAACCGCGGACACUAUUUUGUGGGACCAGGUUUGCAGGCGAAAACAGCGCCGGGGAGACUCCUCGCUGCAGCCGAUCAACACCAACAGUCUGCGCUACAACACCGGUACUGCCACAACGGCUAUGAAGGUUCGCUCUAGGAUGUUGCACGCCGCAGGGCUUUUGCAGUUCGAUUUACAGGAAGAUCUGCCCCUGAAUACCGGCAGGAUCUGGGAAUACAUGGCCGAACUCGAGACAGGGAAGGUCCUUUGGUCGAAGCCCAAACCGACGAUAGCCUAUGGCGGCGGCCGAAACCAUCACUGGUCGCCAGUCGCAACUGGCUGGGAUCGGAUCUACUACUACGGCGACAACAACCUAGACAUCCAGGCGUUCGAUCUCAGAACAGGCGCGCUGCUCUACACGCGGCAAGAAUUCGUUCCGAGAAAAGAAUUCUUCUCCUAUUCCAUCCUGCAGUGCUGGCGACUGAACGGGCGCGAGGUUCUCGUGACCUAUGUUAAAUCAAAUACCCGCAAUGAUGGAGGGCAAGAAGAGUGUAAACUGUGCUUCGUGGAUCCCGAGAACGGACAGACCAUACAGACGAUCCCCUUCGUCAAAUUCAGAGGGCCCCUUGAUAUCAAGGUUUCUCACCGCCGCAACGAACCGGCCUUUGCCUUGCUCAGCUACAACAGCACCGGGUCGCAUCCAGGUGUGGUCAAGAUUCAGACGUUUGAUUAUCACCGGGCCACUGGGAUGUUCAGACAGAGGGGCAUUGAGGACAUCGACCUUUUUGCGCAGGGGGUGUACUACAAUAACGAGAUAGACUGUGAUCCAUUCAGAGGGAUCAUCGUUGCCGCCGAUGGGCCCGCCUCCAUGCGUUCGGCGUCUCACGAUCCUGAUACCACUGGGGCGCCUAUCCGGAUCUAUCCACUCCGACCCGGUCAAGGGUCCACGAACCCAAGCCGGUGCAAGGAGUUGGUUGUGGGCACGGACACCAAGGAGUCAUACCGCAUUACGCAGGGACGUGGAAACAUCGUGAACUCCUGGAUCUGGUCGCUCCGUAUCGCGGGUAACCGGCUUUUUGUAGGCUAUAGCUUUGCCUCCCUCAACGGAACCGGUGACAGGAUAAGGACGGACGAGAUUGCUGUCUUUGACUUUGGAACUCCGGGGAGUUCGGCCCUAGGUGAGGGCAAGUGCUGUCUGCAUCGUGCGAGCGGGUUUGGCAUGAGGUUCCGUUGA